AUGGAGAUAAAAACCACCUUCUCGGUUUGGUAUAUUCUUAUGAUUUUCAUAGGUUUGUCUCAAGGACAUCAACAUCUUAGAAAGAAGACACGCUCUUCUGCAGUUGUUGUUGGAACUGUCUACUGUGACACUUGUUUCAACAGCGCCUUUUCAAAAUCACCCAACCACAUAAUCUCAGGUGCUAUAGUCGCAGUGGAAUGUCUUGACACAAACUCCAAACCGAGUUUUCGACAAGAAGUGAAAACAGACGAGCACGGCGAAUUCAAAGUAAACCUACCUUUCUCUGUAAGCAAACAUGUGAAGAAGAUCAAGAGAUGCUCAGUGAAGUUGCUAAGCAGCUCACAGCCUUACUGUUCCAUAGCUGCUUCCGCCACUUCUUCUUCUCUCAAACGUCUUAAACGUAGAAAACACGGAGAGAACACUCGAGUCUUCUCCGCAGGGUUCUUCACUUUCAAACCUGAGAACCAACCAGAGAUAUGUAGCCAGAAACCUAUCAAUCUCCGUGGAGCCAAGCCUCUUUUACCGGAUCCAUCUUUCCCUCCACCGAUCCAAGAUCCGGUUCCGGAUAACCCUCUCCCUAUUCUCCCAAUUCUUCCUCCGCUUGUAGACUUGCCUUUACCUACACUUCCUCCUCUUCUUCCACCAAAGAGAUCAGCUUCCUUGCCUAACAAGAAAGAUAGUUACUUGGCAGACAAGAAUACGAAAGUAGUAAAACCUGAUUCCUUUGUUACGCCUCUCCUCCCUCCGAAUCCGCUAAACCCGCCAUCUGUCAUCCCACCAAACCCGGUUACGCCUCUCUUACCUCCAAUCCCGAUAGUUUCUUCUCCACCAAGUCUUCCACCGUUUCAACCAUCUCCUUCCACGUUGGUCCCUCCUACUCGUCCACCUGUUCCGGUCAAAACUCCGCCUUCACCAGAGCCACCUUCUUUCACUAUUGCUCUUCCUCCCAUCUUCAUUGGAGUCCCUCCGGCUUCAUCUUCCUUUUCUAGUCACCAUGAUCAACCCUAGUUUUAAAUGUAAUCUCAUAUCUACCAUCUUUGUUAUUUUUGUUUUUCCCUCAGAAUUUUCACUUGUUGGCUUGUUGUAAUUUCAAUAAAUAUUAUUACUAAGGAGA